UCCGGCUCCGGCGUCAUGGCGGACAGCGGCUGUGAGGAGGAGCCGGCCGCGGGCGGCGGGAAGAGGCAGCAGUUCGGGAGCCGGUUCCUGAAGGACCCGGCGCGCGUCUUCCACCACAAUGCCUGGGACAAUGUGGAAUGGUCGGAAGAGCAGGCCGCGGCGGCGGAGAGGAAGGUCCAGGAGAACAGUUCUCAGCGCGUGUGCCCGGAGAAACAAGUUGAUUAUGAGAUCAACGCACAUAAAUACUGGAAUGACUUCUACAAAAUCCAUGAAAAUGGGUUUUUCAAGGAUAGACAUUGGCUUUUUACUGAAUUCCCUGAGCUGGCACCUAGCCAAAACCAAACUCCUGUGAAGAGUGAAGUUCCUGGAAGCAGAAGCAGCGAGGACGGCCCUGGGUUAAUAGUAGAACAGCACGCGCGUCCUUUGAACAGCUUUGGGCAUGAGACGCAGGUGCCUCCUGCGGAGGAGACUGUGGCUCAGAAACUCAGCCACCUGGGCGCUGGGGCAGAUGAGUUUCCUGGAUGCUCAGCCACCUACCGAAUACUCGAGGUUGGUUGUGGUGUAGGAAACACAGUCUUUCCAAUUUUACAAACUAACAACGACCCAGGACUCUUUGUCUACUGUUGUGAUUUUUCUUCCACAGCUGUGGAGCUGGUCCAGACACAUCCGGAAUAUGAUCCUUCCCGGUGUUUUGCCUUCGUUCAUGAUCUGUGUGAUGAAACUCAGAGUUACCCAGUGCCUGGAGGCACUCUUGAUGUCAUCAUCCUCAUAUUUGUUCUGUCAGCAAUUGUUCCCGACAAGAUGCAGAAGGCCAUCAGCAGGCUGAGCAGACUCCUGAGGCCAGGAGGGAUGAUGCUUCUGCGAGAUUACGGCCGCUACGACAUGGCUCAGCUUCGAUUUAAAAAAGGUCAGUGUCUGUCUGGAAAUUUCUACGUGAGAGGUGAUGGCACCAGAGUUUACUUCUUCACACAGGAUGAACUGGACACAUUGUUCACCACUGCUGGACUCGAGAAGGUUCAGAACUUGGUCGAUCGCCGACUGCAGGUGAAUCGAGGGAAGCAGCUCACAAUGUACCGGGUUUGGAUUCAGUGCAAAUACCGCAGACCGCUGCUGUCCAGCCCCAGCUGAGAAGCACCUGCUCCUGACACGAUGCAAGCCCAUUGUGUUUCAGGGCUUUUUCAAAAAUACCUGUGGCCCAAGGACAUGGGUCCCUGCCACUCACCUGGGAGACAAGCAUGGAGUUCCAGGCUCCUUGCUCUGGUCUGGCCCAGGCCCAGCGAUUGCAGGCAUUUGAAGAGUGAACCAGUGAAUGGAACCUCUCACUUGUGUUUCCUUUCUUUCUCUCUCUCUCUUUCUUCCCCACUCCCUCUUCCCUUCCCUCCGUUUCACCUCCCCCAUCGCUGCCUUUUAAAUAAAUUUUGAAAAAUUUUUUAAAGUACUA